AUGAUGCGCUUCAAAGGCCCUUCUCUUGAAGCUCUUUCCCAUCAUGACCUAUUUUCUGCUACUAGAGUCUGUCGAGAUUUUAAUGGGAUUGUCAAUCCCAUCCUCUACCGCAAUGUACGCUUUCAUUUGUCUGGCCAGAUUCUGUCUAUCGACCGUCUACUUGACAGACUGGAAAUCUUCUCCAUGCCCGGAUUUAACCUCACUCAGUACACCCGGAGAGUGAUGGUUUCAGGCUCCUGGUAUUGGUCCUACGAUCAGCUCGAAUCCGAUUUGGGACAAGAGAAUAUGGUAUCGCCUGCAGUGAGAAUGUUUAACGCUCUCAUUGCAACCUGUAUAUCUAAAAUGUGGGGUUUAAGGGAAUUCAUCUGGGAUGCACAUAUCACACCCACCCAGCAACUAAUAUCUGUACUUUCCCUGGCUUCAAACUUGAAGCUUUUACAGCUGCGAGUUUCUACGAAUGACACCCCUUUUCCUUAUUUCCAUCCGACUCUCCGAUUGGAUGGAUAUAUCAACCUGCGAUCGUUGACUCUCAUCCACAUAAAUACGAGCGCUAUCCUUCAUCCUAUUGGUAAUGUUCUAUUUUCCAGCAAGAACUUGGACGAGCUUAGUCUUAGGGCAGAUGAAAGUAGACAGCUUCUGUUUCGCCCAACAUUUGAUGACUGGGCCGGACAAAAGGUAUUGAAUUUAAAGACUCUUGAUCUACGAGGAUUUGUCGAUUUGGAUUCACCAUCCCAGCCGAUGUGGGACUACCUUUCUCUGGUGGAUUUAAAAAUACUCACACUGGAAACGACUCCUUCCUUGCUAGAGAAUCCGGAAAAUGUUUGGGGUAUGCUGACUGCAGGUAAGACAAAUCUCGUGUCUACCAGUCUGAUCACAUUCAUUGCUUCGUUUUCUGGACUAGAGAGUCUGUGUCUCACACCGAGUCUUCAACCUCAGGCUACUCACGUGAUACCUUCAUGCCUAGCUUGUUUGGCGAGACUACAUUCUUCUUCUUUGAGGGUGCUCUCAGUCUUAACACGGAACGAAAAUGAAGAAACAUAUGGUCUUGAUCAAAAUUGUCUAGAGUUUAUCAGUGUGCAAUGCGCUCUAUUGGAGGAAUUCGGUUUUGGACUGUCAAUGCAUAACUUGAGCUAUAUGGAUCAUGUCUUUCGGAUUCCACUCCUCCGGGUGCUACAUAUCCAAACUUUAACUAAUAGGAGCGAUUAUGCCAUAGAGCAUAACGAAAAUUGUCUUCGCGAGCAAGUGUCUAAGUAUCUUGCAAGAGGAUGUACCCCUUGUAUACAAUAUAUCGCUUUUGAUGCAGGCCCUGUAUAUUCACUAACGAGAAAUCCAGUCAGAUGGAGCAUUAUAUCAGAAUGCCUUGGCUACUGCUAUGAUACAGUUAUAUUUCGAGAUAGAUCGCUUGAUUGGAUGACUACUUACUUGUAUUAG